UGGCAUGGCGAAAUUGACGAAAAAUAUGAAAAAUUCCUGAUGAUCCAGCCACCAUACACAAGAAAAGACAUUCUACCUCCGAAAGGACUAACUGUUGCAGGUAUACAGCUUCAAUCAAGAUGUAAACAACCCAAUCAGGUCGAGACAUUUUGGGAAGUGAAGGGAGCUGAAAAUCAGCUGAACCAUAUGGAUUAUCAUAUCAAAAUCAGUUUACUAAACGCUGAAGGUAUUGCAAAAAAAGUAACAGUACGAGUCUACCUUGUCAAGGAAAAAUUUGUGUCUGAUAACAAGUACUAUUUUGUUUCUGUAGGUCUGAUAACAAUACUAUUUUGUUUCUGUAGGUCUGAUAACAAGUACUAUUUUGUUUCUGUAGGUCUGAUAACAANCUUUAUCCCUAGAUUGCUCCCCUCUCUCUAUACUACCCUCCUUUAUCCCUAG